GUCUGUUACAUCGUGCAUGUUGCGUUUACUUUUACUUCUUUGGAGCGCGCGUGUGGAGGAAGAUGCUGGAUCAUCGCCACCAAUUACAUACCCACAAGUUGUAUUAGAAGAUGGAACAAACAUGCACGAUUAACUGUUCCGUGUCCGCGGCCCAUGGAAGGAAUUCUAGAAGUAGGUAUGGAGCACUCCCUUCACAUGCCGAAUAAGCUUAUUAUCCGUUUUCAUCAUCAUGCCAGGCCUGGUAGCGGAUGUCCGAAAUUUAGCAUUCUCCGGGGUGUCUAUCGUGGUUUUGUCUAUGCUGCGAUGGCUGUAGGAUUUCGUGCUCUGGCUUGCACUGGCAAAGCUCGACUAGUAGUAAAUGACCAAGAGAAUAUUGUUGUAGAAAAUGAAACUAUCAACACCACAACCCCAUCCAUCCACAGGGCAAAGGGAAGAUCACCGGCACUGCCGGGAAUCCACUACACAGACACAUACGCACACACACACUUAACGCUUUUCUCGGCCUGUCCGGAUACCUACUCCGGCAAGUCUUCGCGGCUGUUCCCCAUGAUCGCGCAAAUUAGAAUCUGUCGAGUGGCUGACCACCUGACCAAGACAGUACUAGUCUUCUAGACAGAGACGGUGAGCCAGCCAGCGAGCGAGCAAGCAAGUGAGUCAAGC